CCGAGCCUAACGUCACUUUAUCACGUCUUGCGUGAUUCGGCCACGAUCAACGAUCAAUGGUAAAACUUCAGUAGGCUAAUUGAGUUUCGGUUUUUUUCAAGUGGCGCCUCCGCGUUUCUGAUCGCGCUAUUUUCUUGGAAGAAUUCAGACCCAACGGCAUUCGCCCCGUAUGCCUCGCGUUCCGGCAUUAGCCCGAAGCAGGCCAGCCAUUUGAUGUCGUUUCGGUCGACUCUGUUCCUUCCGCUGUGCAGUAGAAAUGCAACGCCACAGGCACCCGGUAGUUGCUGAAUCUUCCGAUCUGGCCCUGCCAUUACACACCUUCCUGUUCUCGCCGGGAGCUAUGACAACCUGCAGCAGAUCUAGCCGACUCGUGGCAUGUCCCCCUCAGUGGGUCAUCACAGAGAUAAAGGAAAUUUCCGUCUGCCACAGGAUGGCGUGCUAGAGGACUGCGAUGGCUUCUUCGCCAAAAUGUUUACCUUUAUAACACCGCGUUCGCAGUGGAGGAUAUUGCUUGUGAAUGCAGAUCUCAUAUCUAAUCCAAACUCUUCUUCAAGAUGGCAAUUGAGGAGACCAAGGAGGCCAUACCGGCCAACAAAGAGUAUGAUACAAAGGCUGUGCCUCAAGUCUCCUCGACUAGCGAUUCGGACUCGUCCUCAUCUUUGGGCGGUCGCCGAGGAGUCAUCAAGGACUGUGCCUUUGACACAACGGAGGACCCCAGGUACUACAAGCCUAUCCCAGAGUAUGAAGGCUAUCAUCGCUGGGAUCCGGAAUAUGAAUGGACCGAAGAGGAAGAAAAGGCUGUCGUGAAGAAGAUUGACUGGCGUAUCUGCACUUUCGCUUGUGUUACAUUUUUUGCCCUACAGCUUGAUCGUGGCAAUGUGGUUCAAGCAACAUCUGAUAACAUGCUGGGUGACCUGGGCAUGAACACAAAUGACUACAACACCGGUCAGACUAUUUUCCUGCUUUGUUUCCUAUUUGCGGAGCUGCCUUCGCAGUUAAUCUCCAAGUGGUUUGGACCCGACCGUUGGAUUCCAGUUCAAAUGGUUUCCUGGAGUUUGGUUGCCGCUUGCCAGGCAUUUGUCAAGAACCGCUCUACCUAUUUCGUUCUUCGAGCCUUGCUUGGUCUGCUCGAGGGUGGAUUCAUCCCCGAUACGAUCCUCUUCCUCUCCUUCUGGUAUAAGUCCAAGGAGCUCCCAAUUCGCCUCAGUUACUUCUGGGUUGCUUAUCAAGCAACAACAAUUGUAAGCGCCUUCCUAGCUUUCGGCUUCCUGCACAUCCGCCAAGCAGACGGUACGGGAGGCUGGCGAUAUCUAUUUGCCUUCGAAGGUUUGAUCACCGGUGUGAUCGGCAUUGUUGCUGCGUUCUGGAUGCCACCAUCCCCGACCCAGACCGCUGGCAGGUUCCGCGGUAAGGAGGGAUGGUUCACCGAACACGAGGAAAAAAUCAUGGUCAACCGUAUUCUCCGGGACGACCCUAGCAAGGGAGGUAUGCACAACCGCCAGGCUGUUACGCCUCGCAUGCUCUGGCAAGCCCUUAAGGACUACGACAUGUGGGUCAUUUACCUCCUCGGUCUGACCUGGAUGAUCGCAAAUGUUCCAGCAAGCAGCUACAUCAGUCUGCAGCUGAAGUCGUUGGGUUUCACUACCUUCCAAACCAACCUGCUCACUAUCCCUGCGGCGGUUAUCUUCAUCCUCAAUCUGCUGCUGUGGACUUGGAUCUCGGAGCGAUUCAAUCAGCGGCUGCUUCUUGGUGUUGGAAGCGAGAUCUGGGCUGUGGCUCUCCUCAUCGCUCUUGAAACGCUUCCCAACCAUGCCGGUCCUUGGACGCGAUGGACUCUGUUGACACUGUUGCUUGGCAUGCCUUACGUGCAUGCAAUCAUUGUGGCGAUCACGUCUCGAAAUGCCGGUACUGUUAGAACACGUACUGUUGCCACGGCAUUGUACAAUAUGAUGGUGCAAGUGAGCAACAUCAUUGGAAAUAACAUCUACCGUGCUAAUGACAAGCCAUACUAUCGUACCGGCAAUAAGGUGCUGAUCGCCAUUGCUGUAUGGAGUGCGGUGAUGUUUAUCAUUGCCAAGUACUACUAUGUGUGGCGCAACAAGAAAAACGCUGCCAUCUGGGACAACAUGACAAGCGAGGAAAGAGAACGCUAUGUUGUCGAGAACAAGCACCUCGGAAACAAAAGAGUUGAUUUCCGCUUCUUACAUUAAAAGUCAAGCUACGUAUGAUUAUGAUGUAGAAGUGAUCACGAUACUAUUGCAGGCUUAGAUAGGUACUCAUCAUAGAGCCAAAAUAAUAGAGAUGAACAUUCCAAUCCGAU